UAAAGUUUGGAGAGACUAAUCUCAGGAAUUAAGAGAACAGUAUUUUAUAUAAAGGCCUCAAUAGUUGGAGGUCCCUAUGAGGCAUUCAGAGAUGGCUUCUUCUUUUGCUUCCAGAAUCAUCCUUAUGGCCAUCUGCAUAAUCUUCUCAUUUCUGUCAAGUCCUGUAGUUACCGUGGAGGGACAAACACGACCCUUCAAGAAGAUUUUCGCCUUCGGUGACUCCUUCACUGACACAGGCAACACCAAGAGUGCUAGCGGACCGAGUGGGUUUGGCCAUGUAUCAAGCUCUCCAUAUGGAAGCUCCUUCUUUAACCAUUCCACCAAUAGAUACUCUGAUGGUAGGCUUGUGAUAGACUUCAUGGCUGAAGCACUCUCAUUGCCUUACUUGCCUCCUUACCUACACUUCAAAGGCAAUGAUACUUUUGGAGUAAACUUUGCUGUUGCUGGUUCUACUGCAAUAAACCAUGAGUUCUUUGUCAGGAACAACCUUACACUCGACGUAACUCCUCAGUCCAUCCAAACCCAGGUUCUAUGGUUCAACAGAUACCUAGAUAGCCAAGGAUGUAAGGGAGUUGCAUCAGAGUGUAAAGCCAAUUUUGAUGAUACUUUGUUUUGGUUUGGUGAGAUUGGAGUCAACGAUUAUGCCUACACUCUUGGAUCUUCAGUAUCUGCUGAUACCAUCAGAAAGCUCUCUGUUUACAGCGUCUCCAAUGCUUUACAGGCAUUGCUCCAGAGGGGAGCCAAGUACCUUGUCGUGCAGGGUUUGCCACUAACCGGGUGUCUGCCAUUGACCAUGUAUCUGGAACCUGAAGAUGACAGAGACGACAUUGGAUGCGUGAAAAGCGUCAACGAAAAAAGCUACACCCACAACCUUGUACUGCAAGACAAGCUGCAACAAUUCAGGAACCAGUACCCUCAUGCCAUGAUAGUGUAUGCCGAUUACUAUAAUGCCUACCGAGCUGUGAUGGAGAACCCCGCCAAAUAUGGAUUCAAAGAGAGGUUCGCAGUGUGCUGCGGAGCAGGACAAGGACCCUACAACUUCAGUGUUUUCGCCACUUGCGGGACGCCCAAUACCACCGUCUGCUCAAGCCCUUCUCAAUAUGUCAAUUGGGAUGGUGUUCACUUGACUGAAGCUAUGUAUAAGGCUGUUACUAGUUUGUUCCUACGAGGAAACUACAGUCAACCCCCAUUUAGUUCUUUGUUGGACGCGAAAGAGAGGCAGGGAUGAAUGGUUUAUCCCACGAUGAUGUUUGUAUUUGUUAGUCCUUGUGGAGUUUCAGUGCGAUUAGAUCUUGAAAGGGAAUCGUCCCUGAAUUCACUAGAUCUUGCACUGGGGCAUCGGUCUGGUCUUAGAAUAGGAAAGGACAAAACUUCGGUGUACUUUUCGAAGUGUUCGUUAUUGAAUCCUUUAAUAAACAUUUAAUGAGAUCACAAUUUUUAACA